GCGGAGGUGGAUGUGGGAGGUGGAUCGACCUAAAAAGAGCCCGUCUCAUUCCGGGAAGUUGCACUUGCCUAUACGGUAUGUACAUAUCGGAACACCCCACAAGUUAGCGCCCCUCAUAGGCUCAUACCAAUAUUCCUCAGGAUUCUAGUGUCGGUUUGGCAGCCCUCAGACUCUGAAACCGAAACUUCAUCCGGUCUCAACUAGGUCCUACUUUGAGCCUCAAUCAUAUUCCCCUCUCUAACCCGAAUGUAUCUAGCGGGUGCUUACAUUUCUCCCCUCGCCUAAACUCAUCCUCUCAUUCGUGUUAUUUCUUUUCGUCGUUGUCGCGUUUGCUAGCAUAAAAUCACAUCCCACCAUGGCGAUGAGAAGAGCCCCACCUCUUCUGUUCCCGGCCGCGGCCAAGCACACGGCUACCGUUAUUUUCGUGCACGGGUUAGGCGACACAGGUUACGGAUGGGCCUCCGCUGUCGAGAACUGGAGACGGCGGCAGAGAUUGGACGAGGUCAAGUUCAUCCUGCCCCACGCUCCUCGCAUACCCGUCACCGCCGCCGAGGGAAUGCUGAUGCCCGGCUGGUAUGAUAUCUUUGCGCUGAGUGGAAAGACGGAUGACCUUAGAAAAGACCAAGAUGAGAGGGGCAUCCUGCUUAGCAGGGACUACUUCAACGGGCUGAUCCAAUCCGAGAUCGACUCUGGCAUACCAGCUAACCGCAUCGUUCUCGGCGGCUUCUCUCAGGGCGGUGCCAUAUCCCUCUUCACCGGACUGACAUCGAAGUACAAGCUUGCUGGCAUAGUCGCAUUAUCGUCCUAUCUGUUGUUGGAUGGCAAGUUCUCCGACUUCGUCAAGGAGAAUGACAAUAACCACAAAACCCCGAUUCUGAUGUGCCACGGCGAUGAAGACCAAGUCGUGCCGACGAACUUCGGUAAGGUAUCUUACGAGCUAUUGAAGACGCGGGGUUUCGAUGUCACUAUGAAGAUAUAUCCCGGUAUGGCUCAUUCGGCUUGCGUGGAGGAACUCGAUGAAGUUGAGGCCUUUUUAGGAGCACAUCUACCAGCUGAAGGCGACAAGAAAUCAGAGUUGUGAGUCGUUCUAGACGAGAAGCGAUGACUUAUGAUGGAAAGAGAAGGGGACAGAAUACUACUAGAAUUUUGCGUCUAGACGAUUAUCUCCCUGCUUGCUAUUUGAGGACACGAUCGAAAUUAUAGGAAAGCUUCCUAUGUUUCCAGAUGCAUACUUAGAUACCUAGAUACCUACAAUUGAUAGAACGUUGAUUUCUACAUACUGGAACUAAUCUUGAAUGAUACGUCAUGCCU